CGCAACCCCUCGUCUCUCUCCCUAUUUACCUCCAAACCCCCUCCCCGGCGGACACAUACAGAGACCUUUACAUAUCAGCUCUAUACGAUGAAGCUCGUACGGUUUUUGAUGAAGCUCAGCAAUGAGACGGUGACGAUCGAGCUCAAGAACGGCACGCAGGUCCAGGGAACAAUCACCAACGUUGAUAUGAGCAUGAACACGCACCUGAAGAAGGUCAAAAUGACAGUCAAGGGCCGCGAUCCUGUCAGCCUCGACUCUCUCAGCCUGCGUGGCAACAACAUCCGCUUCUAUAUUCUGCCUGAUAGCCUGCCCCUCGACACGCUGCUUAUCGACGACACACCGAAACCCAAGGCUCGCAAGCGGGAGGCAACCUCGUCCAGGGAUCGCGACAGCGGGACCCGUGGACGCGGUCGUGGACGCGGCCGUGGUCGUGGCCGUGGUGGUAGACGCUAAGGAUAAAAAUGCUCUUCAUGUAUCUGACAGAAAAAAUCUAUUAAAAACGCUC